AUGCUUAGACAAACGUGGUGUCUAUGCCGGUACUUGAGCAUCGACCAGGUGGCGAAGAUUGUAAAAGCGAAGCAGAGUGGCAGUUAUGCUGUCCGCGACAUCCAACUCAUCGACGUGCGAUCGACGGCCGAGGUGGCGGCGACGGGGAUGAUCCCUUCUGCCAUUAAUGUUCCGCUACCGGUUCUGCGAGAUGUUCUCAGCCCGGACAGUAUCCUCGAGGAUGCUGAGUUCGAGUUCUUCUUCGGCGGUCCUCGCCCCGUGCAAGGAGUGACUCAGAUCGUGCUCUACUGCGCCCAUGGCGUCCGCUCUGCCAUCGCCUGCGAGAUCGUAGAGGAACUUGGCUUUGAUAACGCCGGCAAUUUCUCCGGCAGCUGGUCUCAGUGGUACCAUGCAUACGGAACCCCCAGCACCUCUGCGGCGGUGCCAGAGUCUUUGCAUACUCCACUCAAGUGA